CUCAUAGCUUUAGCCUCACACACAAGCAAACUCCUUCGAGCUUUCCCAGUACAAAUUCAAAAUCUUCCAAAAGCUUCCUCAAAUUCAUCGAAUCAUUCAUAAAUUUUCAACCAGAGAGAGAGAGAGAGAGAUGAGGCUACUGAACUACUUGGGGCAAUGGAGAAGCGUAGCAAAGGAAGCAAAGGAUCUCACAGUAACUGUAGCGAAAUUUAUGGGUUUGCUCCACGUCACCGACGCCUACCUCUGCUCCUCCACUCUCGUCUACGGUCCUAGUAUGCUCCCUACCUUGAACAUUUCUGGAGAUGUGCUCCUGUCCGAACACGUGUCCCAUCGAUUUGGGAAGGUGGGUGCCGGAGAUUUGGUCCUGGUUCGGUCUCCGAAUGACCCUCGAAAGAUUGUGACCAAGCGUAUUUUGGGCAUGGAGGGUGAUCAAGUCACCUUCUUUGUCGAUCCCAAGCACAGUGACAGGUCUCAGACUACUGUGGUGCCUAAGGGGCAUGUUUGGAUUCAGGGGGAUAACAUCUAUUCCUCCUUUGAUUCACGAACAUAUGGAGCUGUACCUUAUGGUCUUAUUCAAGGCAAAGUGUUUUGCAGGGUGUGGCCACCUGAUGGCUUUGGAUCAUUGGAUUGAUGAGGAUAAAGAAGAUUAUAACAUUAAGAAAAUUCUUUCUUGGUGUAUAAGAUGAUUGACACAAGGUCUGAUAAGCUCAAAUUUGUAUAUAUCCCAAAUGGAAGUGCAUGCCAGAUAUGGUUGUAAGUGACAUGCCUAGAAGUCUCAUGUAUAAAUAGAAUGGCAGUUGCCAUAGUCAUUGAUAUUUUUUUGACAAAAAAGGAUUGAUGGUUUAUCGUAUCUAACAUACGUGACAAAAGAGGCUAAAACUUGCCUAUCAAAAGAAACUGAGUACUUGUACUAUGCAAUUUCAAUUUCAAUCAGAAUCUGACAUAUAGGAUAUUC